UCUCUCGUGAAGAGAGAGAAUUUAAGAGAAAAAAAUAUAUUUUUUCUUUUUUAUUAACGAAAUAUUAUUUAUAGAUUCAUAGAAAAUUUAGCAAUUCGACCAUAUUAUUUUUUAAUUAAUUUUUUAUUUUUUAAGUUUUUUUUUUGAAUUUAUAAAUCUGCAUGAUCGGAACGGGAAAAGAGGAACUUUUGAUCGGAGAAAUCUGAAAGAGGAUUUUUUUUCCGGCACAUCAUGUCUGCUAUAGUGUGCGGGAAGAGAUCGAAUUUGUUUGAGGAUUUUCAGUCGUCGUCGUCUGCGCCAACGCCGGUUUCGAAGAGGAUUCGCCGUACUUUUUCUCCGGCGAGGUCUAAUUCUGAUUCCGAUCGUGUUUUCUCUGGUAAUUCGAUUGCAUCGUCGGCACUCGAUUAUCUUCUCAUGCUUUUCUCUGACAUGGACAAGCAGUUGGUUGAGAGAGCACUUGAAGAAUCCGGUGAUGAUCUAGAUUCUGCUAUAAAACGCCUGAAUGAGCUCCGCUUGGGAUCUGGUGAUAAUCUGAGGCCUGUGGCAGGAAGCUCUGGUGCUACGCAUGAGUCCAGCAGCCAGGUUUUUACUCAAGGUGCGGCUACAACUAAUGGUGAGACCCCAUCUGCAGAGGAUUUAUCUUCUGCAAAAGUGGUGCAUUUGCAGGGUACAGAAUGGGUGGAUCUUUUUGUUGGAGAGAUGAUGAGUGCAUCAAAUAUAGAUGAUGCUAAAGCCCGUGCUUCACGAGCUCUUGAGGCUCUUGAGAAGACCAUAUGUGCUCGUGCAACAGAGGCAGCCUGCCGUUUCCAGAAGGAGAAUAUGAUGCUCAAGCAGCAGUUAGAAGCUCUUAUACAAGAGAAUGCUAUUUUCAAGCGAGCAGUUGCCAUCCAGCAUGAGCGUCAGAAGGAAUUCGAGGAUAGAGGGAACGAGUUGAAUCAGCUGAAGCAGUCGGUGGCUCAGUACCAGGAGCAGCUUAGAACCCUUGAGGUCAAUAACUAUGCUCUCACGAUGCACCUCAAGCAAGCUCAACAAAGCAACAAUUCUAUUCCAGGACGUUUCAACCCCGAUGUCUUUUAGUAUGUAUUAUGUCCCUAUUGGCUACCUAACAUACAUAGGUAGCAACAGUAAUAUCCUGUCGUCACAGUAGCAGCAAAUGUUUCCUAGAGAUGAAUGAUGAUAUUAAGCUAGAACUUCUGUCUUUUGAUUAAAGUGCCCUGCUACAGUUACUAGACAAAGGGUACUUUGUACUGUUCAUACAAGUUCUUAUUUGUUUAACUGCUGUUGUUUCAAUUAGAGUAUCGAAAGUUCAUACAAUUCUGUUCUUCUUCUGCUGUUAAGAAGAUGUUCAACACAUGAUUGUUAUGCUUUAUUUGUUUCUUU